AUGACAACGUUGACAAUUAUGGAAACCGAGAUGGUCCUAUUGGCCAUGUUGCCAGAGGAUGAACGUGUGAUGAUGAUACAGACGCCACGUCUACGCACAAUCGCAGAACUGGAGGAUUUUAUCGUGGACGAAUACUCGCGAGUGUUUCCUUUCGUACCGGCACUCAGCCGCAACCUGCGCAUACAAAAGUGCGUGUCACCUGAGCUGGUUGUCGAUCGUCGCUCAUACGCCACGGCACUUCAGCAGGCACCUCAUAGUUUUGUGGACCUAGCAAAGAACGUGCAGGUUGGUAACGUGUUUCAGAACAUGGAGCAAAUCUACAUCGUCCUCAACAAGAAUGCCCGGAAGCAACAGCAGGCGCCGAAGAAGGUUACAAGUGAAGCGCCGAAGAAGGCUACAAUUGAAUCUCCUCGAAAGCAACAGGUGCUCAAAAAGAUUACAGCCGCAGCUCUUAGUGUGCAAGCAAAAACUAGUGUUGAAAGCGACAAUUCUGCAGAAAAGGAGGUGCAAGACGAUAAGAAGGAGAAGGAGCAAGAGGUGUCAAAGAAGACGUCUAUCGAAAAGAAGUUACAGGACACGAAGCAGGAGACUGCUCGCGACGCUACGCAGGAUGCUACAGAGAAAAUACAAGACAGCAAGAAUAAAGGCAACGACGCGAAGAAGGUUGGCGCGGCAGAUACGGAUGAGAAGAAGAUUGAUCUGAAGGAGAAGUCGAGGAAGGUUGCCAAGAUGGCGAAACACGACGCAAAGACGACAGCAAAGAACGAGAACAAGAGCGACUCGAAGACUCCUGUUGCUGGGACGGAAGAAAACAUCUCGAAGAAAGUUGUGAAAAAGGCUGCCCCGAAAAGAAGCGAGAACGCCCUUUUGAAGAAGAUGCGCGCGGCAAAGCAUGAUGCAUCUCAAUCAGGUGCUGCUCUAGUAGUCAAUUCUCUUCAAGAUACUGGAAGCGGCGCGCCAAAGGUGCCGCUGAAAAGCGAGCGGAAGCGCAAGUCCAACGAAGAAGACGUCUUAGGAGCUCAAGUAAAAACCGCGCCGGAUUCUCUAGAACCUCUGCCAAAGAAGAAGAAGAAAACGGUGGAAAAGUCAGAUGACAACGUUUCGAAGCCGGUUGAAGACGAGAUAGCCGCGAGCAUGGUCGAAAUGUCAGCAAAGAAGACAGCUGUCCAAAACAAGAUUCCGAAAACGUCAAGAAAGAAAGCAACGAAGUCAGAACUGAAGACCGACGUCGAAUCGUCGACUGCUAGUGAGUCGACACCUGUCAAGUCGAAGUUAAAGAAGAAUACUGACAUCAAAUCUGAUGAUAUUGAGGAGCCAGUGGUGAAGCGCGCAAAGACAGAAGCAAUACCAAAGGUGAAGAAGGUUGCUGACAAAGUAAAGCGGGCAGCAAAGCCUACGACAUCUAUCCCUGACACAAGCGCUAGCUCGAGCUCUCAGUCUUCUAGCUCGUCAGCAACGCAGGAAGACGAACAAGCUUCUGGUGAGAAGAUAGAUGUGGUCGAGACUCCUGCUACUAAAAAAGCUACUAUGGUGAUGCUGAACGAAAAGCCAAAAGUGAUCAACGAACAAAAAUCUGGUUUUGAGAAGAUUAUAGCGGACAUGACGAAACAAAUUGCUGAUGAGAAAAAGGCUUCAGAUGCUAAGCUAUCCACGACCUUUACACCCGAUAAAAAGUCAGUGCAAACGUCGAAGUCUGCAGAGAGCACGGCUAGCGAAUCUUCUUCCGACUCCGAGCAUCCCUUUGUUUUUGUUAAAGUAGCGAAGCAUUCUCGAAAGAAUGCUACCCCAGUGGAGGAUAGUUCGUCCUCUUCGUCGGAAGAGGAGGAGCUGGAUUAUUCGCAGAGCCUUUUGGCUGACUUGACCAAGAACGAUAAUGAUGAGGAAGAAGUUGUGCCCGUGGUUCUUAAGAAGGGGAAGAAGUCGAAGCAGAGUAACUCCACCGUACAAACCUCCCACAGCAUGGAGGAGGACAUGCCUUCGUCGCAACUUACUCAAAAAUCACAAGAGUUGAACAGCGUGCUGUUGUCGCCGCUUUCCCGGAAUCGCUUUUCACUCGGUAGCAUGCCGGUGAAGGUCAAAGGUGAGACCAGCAAUGCUACUGACCGUCCGAACAGCCGUCCUCGUAAGUGA